CAUCAGCAAUACAGUGAACAGCUUGCUCAGUCACACGAGUGUGUGCAAAAUAAAAAAAACAAAAACCAACAUGCCUCACAGAAAUCUUCUGCAGAGCCAAGCCUGUGAAAUUUCAAACUCCAGUGUUCAGCAUAAUUUAGCCGGUAAUGAUUUUUACAUGGAAGAAGAAAGUUACGGAGAGUCUGAAAUGGAUUCAUUUGAUCAUUUAUCAAGUACCCCACCUGCAGCUUUCUCCCCAACUCCACGUCCGUUUCCGAAGCACGUGCCCUCCCCGAUGGAUGAUAAAUAUGAAGAAAUCGCCAAAAAUCUUUUCAGACAAAGCCGGGCAGAGUCAGAGUCUCGCACAGCUCAAUACGAAUUUCCUGAUCAGUUGCCGAUAGAGAAGGAGCAAGAAACGAAAGUGGCUUUACAGCGACAAAUCAGUCUAAAUCAGAACAGAUCCAGUGAGAUGGUUGAUUUCCGCUAUACGCCGAGCAGGUUGCCGCAUGGAAAGCACAAGUCAAAAGUUGAACUUCCUGAUGAUAGUGUUGCUGUUAGUCAAGCACUAGAAUCAAUUGAGAAAGAUGUUGUUGCCGGGAUACCAAUACCCAGAGAGAAGCAAGAGAAAGUUCAGCGUAUCUUAGAUGAAGAUCUUGCUACAAACUUUCAACGUGUUUCAAUUUCUGGAACAGAUGCAUCUGGGGUUCCCAUCGAGGACUUAAAAGAAGCAUCUAAAUCUAUCAUUGGUGCUCUUCGAAUUAGAGAGAAAUACAUGAAACUGGCAUUGCAAUCGUUUCCCAGACAUCUCUCCAGGUCACUGAGAACAGUGGAUGGUAAACCUAAUGUUGUAUAUGUUGAUGAUGAAAUUAUAACUAAUGGAUCAGCUACUGAUUAUGAUCACACAGUUCAUCCACCAAUUUCUACCAAAGAUCCGUUUGAGUGUGAUAUUCCUGGGCCAAUUCAGUGUGAGUUGAAAAUGAUAGAGGGUGUCAUUCAUGUGUUUCCAGCCGAGGAUGACGACACUCAGCUUGAUAAAGACAAACCGCUAGAAUUCCCAUACAUUGACAGACGGUCAUUCAUAGCAGAUAUGAAUGUGUUGGUGGCUUUGAUGGCCAAUGGCCCAAUUAAAAGCUUUGCAUAUCGUCAGCUACAGUUCUUAUCAGCCAGGUAUCAAUUACAUAUUCUUCUCAACGAACUGAAGGAACUUGCUGCACAGAAGAGUGUUCCACAUAGAGACUUUUACAACAUUAGAAAGGUUGAUACCCAUGUUCACGCAGCAUCUUGCAUGAAUCAGAAACAUUUACUGCGCUUCAUUAAAAGUCAAAUAAAAAACAACCCAGACGAAGAGGUUUAUAAAGAAAAUGGACGUGUUCAAACACUGAAAGAAGUAUUUGAGGAUAUGAAGUUAACUCCGUAUGAUCUGACAGUUGAUAUGUUAGAUGUACAUGCCGAUCGUAAUACUUUCCACCGAUUUGAUAAAUUUAAUUCUAAGUAUAAUCCGAUCGGUGAGAGUCGCCUUCGAGAAAUCUUUAUAAAGACCAAUAAUUUUAACAAUGGGAAGUACUUUGCACAUCUUCUGAAGGAAGUAGCUUCUGACUUAGAGGAGUCCAAAUACCAGAAUGCCGAGUACCGUCUGUCCAUAUAUGGAAGAGAUCGCAGUGAAUGGGACGAGUUAGCUAAGUGGGCUGUCAAACAUCAAGUCUAUUCUGACAAUGUUAGGUGGUUAUUGCAGAUACCAAGAUUAUUUGACAUUUACCGAAGUAACAAAAUAGUGAAGAAUUUCCAAGAAAUGUUGGAUAAUAUUUUUAUGCCUUUGUUUGAAGUAACUCAGAAUCCUGAAUCGCACCCAGAGUUGCACUGUUUCCUGAGACAUGUUACUGGUUUUGAUAGUGUAGAUGAUGAAUCUAAGCCAGAGAAUCAAGUAUUCACUAACGAUAGUCCAACCCCUGAUCAAUGGACAGAUGAUGAUAAUCCAUCCUAUUCUUACUACCUCUAUUACUUGUAUGCUAAUAUUGUGGUACUAAAUCAUUUCAGAAAAGAGAGAGGUUUUAAUACCUUUGUGUUACGUCCGCAUAGUGGUGAAGCGGGUCCAGUACAUCACUUGGUAUCAGCAUUCAUGGUAGCUGAAAGUAUCGCACAUGGUCUACUAUUGAGAAAAUCUCCAGUACUUCAGUACCUAUAUUACUUAUGUCAGAUUGGCAUUGCUAUGUCACCACUUAGUAAUAACUCACUGUUUCUCAAUUACCACCGCAAUCCACUGCCGGAGUUCUUGUCGAGGGGAUUGAUGGUGUCGCUGUCAACAGAUGAUCCAUUGCAGUUCCAUUUCACUAAGGAACCUUUGAUGGAGGAGUAUAGCAUUGCCACACAGGUGUGGAAACUAUCAUCUUGUGAUAUGUGUGAACUAGCUAGAAAUAGUGUAUUGAUGAGUGGAUUCCCACAUGAGAUGAAGCAGUACUGGCUGGGGGGAUCCUAUCGCAAAGAAGGUCCUGCUGGUAACGACAUCACACGUACCAAUGUUCCUGAUAUCCGGGUUACUUUCCGUCAUGAGACUCUUCAAGAUGAGAUCUCAACUAUUUGUAAAGCUGUGUUAGGCGAUCAGUGAUUGUGAUAUACUAUGAAACAGAGAAUCCAUCAAAGUAAGCUGUACUGCUAUGGAAGUGUGAGAACUGGGUGGUCAUUGCAAGUUUUCUUAACACAGAGAAAAACCACAAUUUCUUAAAUAUUGUACAUGUGUUAAAACAAGUGACAGACAAUGUCUUUCUAGAACUUUCAUAGUGUUUAUUAUAGAUUCCAUUUCUAAUAUCACAAUGCAGUGCCAUUUAUCAUUGUUCAUGGGCAUUAAAGGGGUGCAUCAUUUUCUGUUAAUUUUCAAUAAUUACUUCUAUGACUUUUGUAUUCCUCAUCAUGAGACUGACUACAUAUUGAUACUAUAUAGAUUAUAUAGAUACUAUAUAGGUUCACAUGUGUAUAUACUGUAAAACACGUCUUUUUAGCUAGCAUGUUAUUUUAGCUAAUUUAGCUAAUCCACAAUUUCACUAAAUUAAGAUGUCGCUAAUUAGAAUAGAGUGUAUUCUCACAGUAAGAUUAUUGGCACUUUAGCUAAAUUAAAAUUCAGUUAGUUCAUGCAUUGAGUCAAAUUCGCUAAAAUGAUAUGUGGCUAUUUCAAAGUCUUUUACAAUAAUUUACCCAAGUGCAUUUGAACAUUUGUCACUAAUCAGGAUUGUCAAUGUUCUUCUCAUACAAAGUGGUAGAAACAUAUUUACUUACACAUUAAUGUGUAUUAGAAUCAAGGAUUCUUUAGCUUUGUGUGCUAUGUAUCUGCCUACUAAUAUAGGCCUCAUACUUGUUUAUAUUCAAGUGUAUUUGCAUGUCAAGUGUCUUGUGACAAUAACCAGUCUAUUGCACCCAAGGUUAAUAAAGGUGUCAUGUGGCAUACUCCUCCUGGAAAACGCUUUAUUGUUUAUUAUUUAAAUGUACAAUUGUCAUCUCUAACGUUUCGUAAUUCCCACAAUAUUAACAGUUUUUAAUAGUAUAUUUAGCUUUCGACGAAAUUUUUUUUCGUAGGAAUGUAGUUGGUCAGUGCGCAACAUAUUUCGUCUGUCAUUCGCAUGCUGGUUGUCAAAUAUAUAAACAAAUGACGUCACAGUGGUACUGCCGAUUAAAACAGCAGUGCAUCAAAGAGACAAUAGUCUGCUGAUGUCUCACUAGAAUUGCAUAAUACCUCUUUGUGAUUCAUGUUUGAUA